CCCACCAAACCUACAGGAGGACUGAGAGGCGACAGACAGGCGACCUGCUGACAACACUUAGACACUGUCGAACUUUGUCGGGACCACCCAACCACUGUUUGGACCCUCUGUUUUUCCACCAUGACACCGUCAACUGUGGCACCCCGUCGCGACAGACGCGUUUUAACGGCCGGCGAGCGGAAGUGAGAGAAGGGGAAGUUGUUAGGGGAUAGGGGAGAAAUAAACCCACCCAAAAAGUGAUUUUCUUGUUCGAAUUUCGCCUUUCUGGAGGAAGGGGGACCCUGGAGUGUUUGUGGGCAUGGACACCCACGUUAAGGAGGGACAACUUUAUGUGCAGCAUCAAAAGUUUGGAAAGAAAUGGAAGAAGAACUGGUUUGUCCUGUACCCUGCCAGCCAAAAUGGCAUUGCCCGCCUCGAAUUCUACGACUCACCCUCGGGCGGAGGGGGCAGUGCCGGUGGAGGCUCAGGAAGCGGGUCCAAUGAGAAAACCAGGAAGCUGGACAAGAAGAUCAUCCGCUUGUCUGAGUGCAUUUCCAUCUUACCAGCGCUGACGGAGAGCUGUCCCAAAGAAAACAUGGCAGCAUUCUGUGUGGAAACCAAUGACAAGACUCAUGUGUUUGCUGCAGAGAAGAACGCCGCCAAGGAAUGGAUGGAUACCAUGUGUGACAUUGCAUUUCAGGGAGGAGGUGGCAGCAGCACCACUACUGCUGUGGACUCUAAUGGACGACCCCAGGACCUGCAGAUGUCUGAAAACCUCAUCUACUACUCCAGAGAGGAAGUGAAUGAGUUCUGGGUGAGCAUUCAGCGCACUGAGGCGUCGGAGCGCUGCGGACUGGCGGGUAGCUACUGGCUGAAAGCCGAAAGUGAUGUCUUGAUCUUGAAGGAGCCAAAGACCAAGAGGAAGGUGCUGGUGUGGCCUUACAAGCUGCUGAGGAGAUACGGGAGAGACCGGGUUAUGUUUUCGUUUGAGGCGGGUCGGCGCUGUGACUCGGGCCCAGGUAACUUCACCUUCGAGACCAAGCAAGGCAAUGAGAUCUUCAUGCUGGUGGACCAGGCCAUCCAGUCGCAGAAAGCUCUGGCUGAGGAGCGCCACCUCAGCUGCCCCCUCAACUUCGACCCAGACUGCCCCGUGUUGCUGCAGCACAUGCGCAACACUGGUGGCAUCACAGGAAGUGGUGACAGCAGCAGCUGCAGCAGUCGGGAGGCAGAUGGCGAUUCAGGUGGCAGCAAACCGGGGUCUGCUGACGGUGUGCUGGGGAAGAGAGAGGGGGGAGACGGAGGAGGAGGAGGAGGAGGAGGAGGAAGAGGGCAAGGAGGUGGAGCAGCAGGAGGACUUAAAGGCAGGAGUUUACCAGAACCACCCGCCAUGUUGGGGGUUUUGGGAGGAGGAGGGACCCCUCCGCGGUCUCCCAGAGGGCAGUCGGCAGCAAAAGGUCUUUCUUCAGCUGAUGAACAUGCAGGUCUUUAUUCUGAACCAGCUGACUCGGUCCGCCUGCCUCUGCACAGCGCUGACUGCCUCUACUCCGACCCGGUGGACAGCAUCAAGGGCCAGAACCAAACCAGCAACGCAUCCACCCCUCCAGUGCCCACCCCACGCCUCCGACCAGUAGGAGACGAGGCCUCAGCCGCUGGUGUCCAAGGAGAUCAGCACCACGGAGGCACCAACCACAGGAAGCCACCAGACCUGUACUCACAUGUGUACGACCAGAUCAGCAUGGAGCUGAACCAGAAAACAAGCGCUCUGAGUCUGAAUGGGGCUCCAGGGGGAGGAAGAGGGGGAGGAAGAGGGUUGAACAAUAACAGGCGACCACCAGGAGGCCAAGCAGAGGGGGCUUCCUCACCUCCUGCUCCACCUCCGGAGCACAUAUAUGAUGAACCGGAGGGAUGCGCCAAAGGAAGCGCGACCAUGCCAGCCAGUUUAGGGAUGAGCAUUUACAAUGAGGCCUGGUUGGAGCCCCACAGCCAGAAGAGACAGGAAGAGGUGUCGGCCCCAUCAGGACUGGAGGGGAAUUACAGCACCCCCACCCAUGGAAAACCCUCAGAGUCCCACAGACACUCUCCUCCACAGCUUGGCCUGGGCCGUGGCACGCCGCAUCCUCUGGCUCUGAGGGGGCCCAAACCGAUCACCGCUCCCAAACCUGGCAGGGGCAUUUUCGGUCGGAAGGAGCCUGUGCCACUGCCCCCUGGGAAACAUGGAGGUCCUGGAAGUAAUGUGAACAACAACAACAACAUUUGGGGUGGAGGAGGAGAAGGAGGGGGGAGGGAGCUCUACAGCAAAGUUUCUAAACAGAAGCCUCUGCCAUCGAAUGUGUGGUAUAGCCAGCACCACCAGGCGCCGCUUAGAUCACCAGAUAUCAUCUAUGACAACUUGGGAGAUAUUUGACAUCUUUAUUCUACAUUGACUGAAAUGAAAUGUUUAUCCCUUUUUUUAAAAAGAGGAAAGAUGCUAAAAGAGAAAAGAUGAUGCUAAAAAACAAAUUUUGGUCAAUACCUUUAUUCUUGCAGCUUUUGUAAGGACUUAAGGACAUUUUUUCAUUUCACGUUUCUUCCAUCUGUGGACUGGAAUAAUUAUUUGAGAGUCGAUUCAAUGGGAGUGGAUUAGCUCACAGCUAUGAGAAAACCACAUUAUGGAUGCAUUUGGUGCAGCUAUGGUAGGGCCACCCUCUGCGUGUGUGUGUGUUUGAGAAAGAGAGAGAGUGAGUGUUUGCAUGGUCAAACCCAUAAUUUCUGUACCAAGCCACAGUGUGGUUGGAGCCAGGCACUUCACUUGAACACACACACAGAAACCGCAUGGAUUUGCCAAAAGGAGCUCGGCCUACAGGCUUCACUUUAACAAGCUGAGAGAGCGGCUUGGCUCCUCUUUUAUAAAAAGUCUGCCAUGCUUAUGAAGUGACUGGGAAACAUGUUUUUGCACUGCUGCUUUUCUAUUUCUCUGCAAUAUGAGACAAUGUGACUAUGAGGAGUUAUUGGUUGGAGUAUCUAUUGGUGGCUAGAACUUGACCAAAACAAACUCAACUUUUUCUGUUUCGUUUUACUGGACUUGAUAAUUAUCAUAACUCCCAUCCAAACGAGGAUGUAUAACAUUUUCAGCCCAGGACACUAAUAUGCGACAUGGUUUGCAUCUUAGGAUCCGCUAAAUGGAAAAACAUUGUUGUUACUGUUUUGGACGAAGCAUGAUAAGGUGGGCGUUUAAGACCCCAUCUGGGUCUUGGAAAAAGACAUACAUGGCUCUUAAAAGGGGCUAUAGGGUCACAUGGAUUUACAGUGGCAACUUCCUGCACAAGAUAAUAUUAUUUGAAUCCUAUAUGUUUCUAUGUACAGAUAAACUAAAAAUCUAACUAAUCAGUCCCCCGCAAAGUGUCAGUAUGUGUGUAUGUGUGACAAACAGCUGUGCUGUCUGUAAAUAUAUAAAAUAAAACUAAUAAUAAGAACUCCCCUAAUG